AUGUGUGGAUUUGAGGUGAGAAUCUUACCUAAGAUAAGAGGAACUCAAGAAGAAUUCUCAGAAAAGGAUGGUGUUUGGAAAUUACAAAAUGAAUCAAGUAAGGAAAUAACUGCUGUUGCAUUUUUAAGAGUGGAUGAAGAGAGCAUGAAGAAAUAUGAAAACAGAAUUAGAUAAAUAUUGAUGGCCAGUGGUAGUACAACAUUUACAAAGAUAGCAAAUAAAUGGAAUACAACUUUGAUUGGAUUAAUGACAUAUUAUAGAGAAUCAGCUGUUCAUACAGAAUAAUUAUUAGAUCUGUUAGUCAAAUGCGAAAAUAAGAUAUAAACUAGAAUUAAGAUAGGAUUGAAUUCUAAGAUGCCCUCUCGUUUCCCACCUGUUGUGUUUUACACACCUAAAGAAUUGGGUGGUUUGGGUAUGUUAUCAAUGGGACAUAUUUUGAUUCCAUAAUCAGAUUUGAGAUUUUCAAAAUAAACUGAUACAGGCAUUACUCAUUACAGAGCAGGUAUGAGCCAUGAUGAGGAUUAAUUGAUUCCUAAUCUAUAUAGAUAUAUCUAAACUUGGGAAAGUGAAUUUAUAGACAGUCAAAGAGUUUGGGCUGAAUAUGCCUUAAAGCGAUAAGAAGCAUAAGUAUAAAACAGGAGAUUGACUUUGGAUGAUUUGGAAGAUAGUUGGGAUCAUGGUAUUCCCAGAAUCAAUACAUUGUUCUAGAAGGACAGAUUGACAUUGGCAUAUGAUAAGGGUUGGAGAGUCAGAUAGGACUUCAAACAGUUUUAGAUGUUGAAAUAGAAUCCAUUCUGGUGGACUCAUUAAAGACAUGAUGGAAAAUUGUGGAAUCUUAAUAAUUAUAGAACUGAUAUGAUCUAAGCCUUAGGAGGAGUAGAAGGUAUUUUGGAACACACUUUAUUCAAGGGAACCUAUUUUCCAACUUGGGAAGGAUUGUUUUGGGAGAAGGCUAGUGGAUUUGAGGAGAGUAUGAGAUUUAAGAAAUUGACUCAUGCUUAACGUUCAGGUUUGAAUUAGAUUCCAAAUAGAAGAUUCACUCUAUGGUGGUCUCCUACUGUAAAUAGAGCAAACGUGUAUAUUGGAUUUUAAGUCUAAUUGGAUUUGACAGGUAUAUUCAUGCAUGGAAAGAUUCCCACAUUAAAGAUCUCUUUAAUUCAAAUAUUCAGAGCACAUUUAUGGUAAAAGAUUCAUGAAAGUGUUGUGAUGGAUUUAUGUUAAGUGUUCGAUAUGGAGAUGGAAACUUUGGAAAUAGAAACAGUUUAAAAGGAAACUAUUCAUCCAAGAAAGUCAUAUAAAAUGAAUUCAUCUUGUGCAGAUAUAUUAUUAUUUGCUGCAUUCAAAUGGCCAAUCAGCAAACCCUCUUUGAUUCAUGACACCAAAGAUACGUAUGAUGGAACUACUACAUCCAAAUAUUGGUUAGAUGUUCAAUUAAGAUGGGGAGAUUAUGAUUCUCAUGAUAUUGAAAGAUAUGCCAGAGCCAAAUUCUUAGAUUACACUACUGAUAACAUCAGUAUAUAUCCAUCUCCCACAGGAAUGUUAGUGGCUAUAGAUUUAGCUUAUAACUUACAUUCAGGAUAUGGUAAUUGGUUCCCCAAUUCUAAGAAUUUAAUCCUUCAAGCUAUGAAUAAAAUUAUGAAGGCUAAUCCUGCAUUGUACGUAUUAAGAGAACGUAUUCGUAAGGGUUUGUAGUUGUAUUCAUCUGAACCAACUGAACCAUAUCUCAAUACUCAAAACUACGCUGAAUUAUUCAGUAAUUAAAUCAUCUGGUUUGUUGAUGACACAAACGUAUACAGAGUUACAAUUCAUAAAACAUUUGAAGGUAAUCUUACCACAAAACCUAUUAAUGGUGCUAUUAUUAUUUUCAAUCCUAAAACAGGAUAAUUGUUUUUAAAGGUCAUUCAUACUUCUGUAUGGGCAGGUUAAAAGAGACUUGGAUAAUUGGCUAAAUGGAAAACAGCUGAAGAAGUGGCUGCUCUAAUUAGAGCUCUACCAGUUGAAGAAUAACCCAGAUAAAUCAUUGUUACAAGAAAGGGAUUAUUGGAUCCUUUGGAAGUGCAUCUAUUAGAUUUCCCAAAUAUUGUUAUUAAAGGAUCUGAACUUUCGUUGCCAUUUUAAGCUAUUUUAAAAAUAGAAAAGUUUGGAGAUUUAAUCUUAAAAGCUACUGAGCCAUCAAUGGUUCUUUUUAAUUUAUAUGAUGAUUGGUUGAAGAGUGUUUCAUCCUUCACAGCAUUCUCAAGAUUAAUCUUAAUUUUGAGAGCAUUACAUGUAGCUCAUGAAAAAGCAAGAAUUAUAUUGAAACCCAAUAAGAAUGUCAUCACUCAACCAAAUCACAUAUGGCCUACCUUAACAGAUGAUGAAUGGGUCAAAAUGGAAGUUGAGCUUAAGAAUUUAAUCUUAUAAGAUUAUGCUAAAAAGAAUAAUGUAAAUGUGUAAUCAUUAACUCAAAUGGAAAUCAGAGACAUCAUUUUGGGUAUGGAGAUGUCUGCUCCAAAUUUAUAAAAAGAAACCAUCUAAGAUAUUGAGAAAUAAGCCAAGGAGGCAGCCUAAUAAACUGCAACAACAGUCAAGACAUCUAAUGUCUUUGGAGAAGAAUUAGCAGUCCAAGUUACUAAACCUUAUGAGAAUCAAUCCUUCACCAGUCAUUCUGAUUGGAGAGUCAGGGCUAUAGCUGCAACAUCUCUAUACUUACGUACCAAUCAUAUAUUUGUAAAUUCCGAUGAUAUCAAGUAAACAGGAUUCACUUAUGUCUUACCUAAGAAUAUUCUUAAGAAAUUCAUCUCAAUUGCUGAUUUGAAAACAUAAAUAGCUGCCUAUCUAUAUGGUAUCUCACCUCCAGAUAACUAAUAAGUCAAAGAAAUUAGAGCUAUUGUUAUGAUUCCUCAAAUUGGAUCAAGAGAUAAUGUCACAAUGCCUCAUCAAAUGCCAGAUUCAGAAUAUCUGAGAAAUUUAGAGCCCUUGGGAUGGUUACAUACUUAAUCUACAGGUAAUCUUUAAGAUAAAUUCUAGAAACUAUGCAUUUAUCAACUUAUGAUAUAACAUUACAUGCUAGACUGAUAUAGGAGAACUAAAGUUGGGAUGCAGAAAGAUGUAUUGUUCAAACUGUUUCAUUCACUCCUGGUUCAUGUUCAAUCACAGCUUACAAAUUGUACAUUAUUAUUCUUAUAUUCCAAGAACUCAUUAAGGAUUUGAGUGGGGUAAAAACAAUAAGGAUUUGAAUGCAGUUCAUCCAUCAUCGACUUAACAUUUUGAAAAAGUUUAGAUCUUAUUGUCAGACAAAUUCAGAGGAUUUUUCAUGGUAUUUAUUAUUAUCUAAUAUAAUUUAGGUCCCUGAUAAUCACAUGUGGAAUUACAACUUUAUUGGAUUAGGAUUAGUCUAAUAAAUGAAAUAUGGAUUGAUUUUAUCGAAUCCGAAAGAUUUCUAUCAUGAAGUUCAUCGUUCCAGUCAUUUCAUUAAGUUUAUUAGGAAUGAAGAUAAGGAUCAAGUGGAUGAAGCAGAUAAUGAAGAUUUCUUAUCUUGA